CCAUCUGUGGUCUCUUCUUAGAUUAAAAAAAAUACAAUAACCUAACCUCUCUCGAAAUAUUAAUUUAGAUGUGAUUUUCGUGAAAUAGACGUUAAUCUCAAUAUCGUGUCUCACAAAUAAUAGAGAAUAAUAAAACAUUGAAAGCCAUUUAGACAAGGUGAUUUCAUGUGUCAAGUCAACCGAUAAGAGAAAAAUUCGUGACAAACAGAUUUAACGAUUACACCAUGCCUAUAAAACUCAUCGGUCGCACGACAGAUUUUAAAGGAAAACCCUUAUGGGAGAUUCUGGGAAAUUUGAAAAACUUCGGCGUCGGAAGACUCGUGAUAAGGAAUCGCUUCCAAAGAUAUCCCGAACCCUGUUACAUGAAGAUACUGAAAGUCGCUGCAAUGCCCUUACCCGAUGCACUUCAUAUUGACCGUAAAGUUAUGGUACUGGUCGAGAGAGUUUUCCGCGGUCAUAAAAACCCGAAACCUGUUCAGCUGGAUACUGCGACUUACAAGGCUGAUUAUAUAUUGAUACCCAAAGAUCAGGAGCAUUUGUAUCUUGAGAAUGCGAAAGUACCAGAGAAGAAAAUCUUGCCUAGAACGACGGAUCUUCCACCGUUACUUUCACAAAUCAUAAUGCGUCAGAUGAAGGCAAAAGGAGACAAAGUAUCCGAGGAACCAAAAUUACCUCUUAAGUAUAACUUUGAUGGGGGGAGCGUUAAGAAUUACAGAUUAGCUGAGGAGGGAGAAAGUCCUACGGUGAAGCUGAAUUUUAAUGUGGACGAGUCUAGUGUUCUUUUCCCAAAGUCAGAAGAAGUCACGUCUUUGUGAGAGCAUGUAUUUAAUUUUUAUAGAAUUAGAAGAAUAAAUAUUUUAUAAAUAAGUUCUGAAAAGUGAUGCAAUAAAUUAUUUUAAGCGAAAAUAUAAAAAUAUAAUGAUCAGUCUAACACUUUCAAAGCUCUGCUUUAUUACAUGUAUAGUCAAGUUCAGGAGUAAAACUGUCCAUUUUCUCUGUACGGAUGACCUACAAUUUACAUGACAGUCAUUAUAUAUUUUAAUUCCUUGCAUUCAAUCAUACUGAUACCUUCCAAAAUUGGCGCAUCUCCUCAACAUCCACUCUCUUUCUAAUGAGCCAACCACGAACAUAUCUCUGUAUGUGUAAGGCUGCAUCUUCUUUACUCCAUAGCCAUGAUUUUGGAUAAAUUGGCCUAGGACUAGAAAAUAAUUUUUAAAAAAUAAUUUCAUAAAAGUAUUAUAUAGCAAUAUGUUUUCUUUUCUUACUGUGAUUUUAGCCAAAGUUUAAAUUGCGGUAUGUCAAACACAUUCAGCCAAGUACACAAUCUACUUGGAUGAUGCGAGUUACGAUUCCAAAGGAUUUCUGCGAGAUAAUCCAAUCCAUUGAAAGAGCAUUUAUGUGUCUGUAAAGCAUAGUACAUUUUUUUCUCAUUGUAAGAUAUAUUUUGCGCAUUGAUUGUAGAAACACAAUCAAUGCGAUACAAUUAUCUAGAAAAUAAUAUACUUCUAGAGCAUUUCGACGAUCAGCUUCAAGUAACAUCUCCUCCAUUGCGUUUAAUAAAGUUGGAAAUAUAUUGUUGUUUAAGUAAUCUGGAACGCUUUCGCGGGAUGAAUUCAUCGUUCCGUUCGCUUGUCAAAAACUUUGUAAAUCUAUAAAGCGAAUAUAGAUACAAAUCAAUUGCAAACCAUUA